UCCGGACUCGCCCGGGUGUGUGGUGGGGGUGGGGCGGGGCGCCGGCGGGCGGCCGACUGACUGACUGACUGGGUGACGUCAGUUCCGGCAGUCUCACGCCUCGCGCGGUAAGAUGGCGGCGCAGUUAACGGACGCGGAGCUGUGCUCGGAACUGAGAAAAUUCGGCGUGGUGCCGGGCCCGGUCACCGAGAACACCCGCCCCGUCUACCUGAAGAAGCUCAAGAAGCUGCGGGAGGAGCGUGGCGCACGGCCCAAGACCAGGAACGGCGGCGGCGGGGCAGGCCCGGGUCCGGGCCUCGGCGCCAGCGUCACUCCUCCGCCCGUGUCUCCGAGCAAGCUGCUGGGUUUCAGCUCGGACGAGUCGGACGCCGAAGCUAACGGGCGGAGCGAGGCAGGCCGGCGGGCGGGCCGAACGGAUAGAGCUUCUGGCGACUACCCCCGUCCGCGGCCUAGUAACAGCAAAGGGAGGAGUACCCCUCAGAGAAUGGGGAACAGCAACAAUAACGGCGGCGCCGGGGCCUCGGCCGGCAGAAGCAACUCCACCCCCUGGUGGAGGCCGAGUCCGAGCCGAGGCUCCCAGCAGGGGCCAGGGGAAGAGGAACAGCCACCGGGAACCGAGCUACAUGCCAGCAACAACAGUAGUGGCAGCGCCAGCAGAGUAUCCUACAUUCGGGACGGCAAUUACUCCGACUCCGAGGAUGAACGAGAGGACCGAGGCCGGAGGGCGAACUCCAGACGGAGCCAGUCUAAGAAGUUGCUGGCCAUGUCAGGCACGGUUAAUAGCAGUGAUUCGCCGGGGACGGCGGAGGAGAGCGGCGCAGGCAGGAGAGGCGGCGCCAGGCGGAUCCACGACGUCGCCGGCGGUCCUUGCUGUCUAGACACAAGAAACCAGCUGGAGGUGGAGGAUCAGAGGGAGAAAGACGCCACAGAAGAGCCCACCAUGUUAUUGCGGUUCCGUAAUUCCAAGAAGAUUAGCCCUGGAAUACUGGCAGCAGAGAGGGAGAGUCUUUAUAACAGCACCAGAAACAACAAUCACAUCGGUCCGAUUGGUCCAGCCAUCCACAACACCAGUAGAAGCGGUUCCUCGUCCUCCCUUCUAAUCGAUGCCAAUCACUCAAACCACACAGGCAUUAACCAAACUUACAGUGCUUAUAACCGUAAAAACCCUAGAGAACCCGAGGAGGAACUGUUACAGCAGUUUAAACGGGAGGGCGGUUCGGCGAACGGUGGAUUCAGCGCACACUACCUAUCCAUGUUUCUUUUGACUGCUGCUUGUCUGUUUUUCCUUGUAUUGGGACUUGCAUAUAUAAGAAUGAGGGGUUCAGGAGGACCAGAGGAAGGAGUUAAUGUCAAAUCUCAGAGAUGCGAAAUACAGAAGGUUGAAGAAAGAAAGAUCAUUUUGAUUAUUCUUCAUCGAUUGCAUAGUCACCUUGCAAAAAUAGCCGGAGAAUAUGAUUGUGGCGACCAUGUUCAUUAUAAAAACAGAAGUCUUUCUGUCCAAGAUGCUGCUGAAUAUGUAACUGUUCUUGAUCCCAAUCAUGGAGGGAAAUUUAAUGGUUCACUGCAGUGGAUUUUACAAAGUACUGAUGACUUGGGCAUAAAGUUGCUUGGCAACGACUCAGAUGUAAAGGUAAAUGAUGUGAGUGAAGUACUGUACCUGGAAUCUACCCAUCCACAGAUGUCUUUCAUUUGCCGCUUCCGCCGUGCAUUUUUAACUGUACUUCACAGAAUGUUUAUCUUCCUUGUUGGUGUGGCAAUUGUUUGGGGAGUGCUUUAUUACAUGAAGUAUCGUUGGAGAAAGGAAGAGUCAGAGACCAAACAGAUGUACGACAUGGUGGAAAGAAUCAUAGAUGUUUUAAGAAGUCAUAAUGAAGCCUGUCAAGAAAAUAAGGACUUGCAGCCCUAUUUACCUAUUCCCCAUGUACGUGAUUCUUUGAUAUCACCUCAGAAUAGGAAAAAAAUGAAAAAGGCAUGGGAAAGAGCUGUGGAUUUUGUAGAAACCAAUGAAUCUCGUAUUCAGAAAGAAACUCAAAGAAUAGGAGGAGGAGAUUUCUUAGUUUGGAGGUGGAUGCAGCCGCCUUCAGCUUGUGAUAAGAUUACAGUUGUGCCAUCAAAAGUAUGGCAAGGAAAAGCUUUCCACCUUGAUGGUAGAAAUUCACCACCUAACAGUUUGACGCCCUGUUUAAAGAUCCGCAACAUGUUUGACCCAGUCAUGGAGAUUGGGGAUGACUGGCAUGUUGCAAUCCAAGAAGCAAUUCUAGAAAAAUGCAGUGACAAUGAGGGAAUUGUUCAUAUUGCAGUAGAUAAAAACUCACGUGAGGGUUGUGUCUAUGUAAAGUGUCUCUCUCCUGAAUACGCUGGCAAGGCUUUUAAAGCACUUCAUGGCUCAUGGUUUGAUGGAAAGCUAGUGACUGUAAAAUAUCUGAGACUAGAUCGCUACCAUUAUCGUUUCCCUCAGGCUGUCCAUUGCAACACUCCCUUAAAACCAUCAAAUAGGUACAUGAAUUCAAUGUCACAUCUGCGUCUUCUAACCAACACAGCUAACUCUCAAGGAGCCUUAUGAGACCUCUCCUCCUACUGCCAGUACUGUUAUACUGCAGCAGGAGAAGUCCUGCUUGAAUGCUCUGUCUUCCUUUUUAUUGCUUUUAUAUGUACACUUUUUGUAUUAUAAGGACUGCAUCUUUUGUGUCAAGAUGCCAGGAAGCUGAAGAAAAUUUCCAAAGGAGCUAUCUGUAGCAUUGGUGUAUUGGGAUAAAAAGUAGUUGUGUAGAAGUAAAACAAGGCAUGGCUUUCAUAUAAUUGUUAAUUCAUGGACAGGACAUGAAUAGUUUCAUUUACUGAAAGUUAAUGAUAUUUUUAGGUACAUUAGACAUUAAUCAUGUAGGGCAAGUCCAAACAGUAUUUGACAAUGGCUAUAUGAAAGGACACCAGGUUUAACUUGACUGCUCAGAAUAUUUUUUCCAUUUUGGGAGUCUUGAUUUGCAGUGGUUGGAAGUAAAUCUAUAGCUUGGCACAGGACAGCCAACCAAUAACUACAGAUGGCAUAGUAGGAGGACUAUUUGAGUAAUAACAGGGAGAGAGUACACGAAAAAUAUAGGGCACAUUUCAAUGGUUUUAAAUAAACUUGAACACCACUAAGAACAGCUUUAUGAUGUAGCUGUCUGCUUACCAAUAAGAUCUGAUUUUAUUUUGUGCACUAAACAUGUCUGGAUUAAAUAUGGAUUAAAAUAGUACUAUCAUGCAGAAAGGAGAAAACCAGCAGUGUUGUGUAAUGUGUCAAAAUUUGCAGAAUGACCAAGUGCAGAUUACUACAAAAUAAUGCAAAUGAAAUAGUUACUUAUGUGUUUUAAUUAGCAACUUUAUCUGUCCCUCAUUAAUACGUAAAUGGAAGCAGCCUAUUUGAUGAAACCAUUUGCAGAAUAAGUAUAGUUUCACAUAUUAAUUAAUCCUGCUUUUAUUUACUUUUAUUCUGGAUUUGGGUCGUAAUCUGCAGUUAAAAGCGUUUCAGCAUGGAAUUGCACAAAUGCACAAUUUACCCAGAGUAAACAUGAUGCACACUGCCUGCAGCAGAGCCUUACUGUGCCUUACCUCUGUGUGCUUGAUACAGGCACUGUAUUGAACAGGAAUGUAGUUUAAUCCCAGUUUUAAAGUGUUCCACUUAAAAAUCUGAACAGUUUCUGUACAGCUUUUGUUGCACUUUGGUUAAAAAGUUGUACUACAAGUAAAGCAAGGAAACUUGCUGUUCCUUGUGUGCAUUGUGUAAUGGUGUUGCUAUUGUUCAUGUUGGGCCAAUCCUUGGUGCACCUGAUUGUUGAUCUGUUGUAAGAGUGAAAGUAUGUGGAUGUGCUUUUUUUUAAAAAAGGGCACCCCUUGAUGCAGAUGCAUCUUUGAAUUUUCCAGCUUCUCUGAUGUAUUUCAUUUUAUGUAAACAUUGUACAUUUAUAUAUUGUAAUAUGUACCAUUAUCCAGCUUAUUUUGCUUAUAACUGUUGAGAUUGACAAUAUCCCAACCUGCAAGACAGAUGGGAAGGUGUAUAAUAUCCAGAAGUUCAAAGUUCAGAUGUUUAAUGUAAUUUGUCAUUUGUCUUGUAAAAACAACUCUAAUUAAAGGUUUACUAGGGGUUUUUAAAA